UUAAUUUAAUGGGCGAGUUGUAUGAUGCACCACGGUUUCACUUUACAAUGGGUGACUAACACACAGUAGAUACGAACUAUUACAUAAAACUCGAUAAACAAGUCAAUUAACUCUGGCUUCAUUACACAGAAGUUCAUACAUAUAUCUGACAAUAGUUUUGCCCUGAUACCUUACUAAAAGCGUAUAGCAUUAUUAUUGUCCAGUUGUUGAAUUUGUGGAGUUAAAGUCAAACCGUGAAUUGUUUACGCAUGUACAUGCGCUAUGUACAUGUGCAAUUUAUUUUUUUAAAGGGGUGGACGAUGAAAACAUUUUAUAUUUCGUAUUAAGUUCACCACUGAAAUUGAAUAAUUAAUAAUUUUCUUGCUGUAUUAAGGCCUUCAGGGUAGUGAAAUUCGCUGGUCAAGUUCAAGUUUUGGGAAAAAAUGUGUGACGAAUGUUAUUGCUGUGGACCUUCAUGGGUCGGAACUGUUAAUACUAUUGCUGCAUUUGACUUGUUCACAGCUGCAAUUCAUGUCGUUGGCGAGACGGCGUCAAUCGGAGUGUCAAUCGGUUUAUUGAUGCCAUUUGAUAGUACCAAAGAAAUGAGAAAUAAUUGUUCCGAGAUAGCCACUAAUAAUUCAGACCCAAAAAGCUGUCCCUGGCUCUACAACUACUCCGGCCUAAACAAUUACUACGUCCAUUUGGAUUUUGAUACAUUCGUCGUCACCCUGCUAAUAUUAAUCGUCUUUGGAGGUUUUAUAGUGGAAGGUUACUUGUUCUCGACGCUACGCAGAGGAAGCACCGAGAAAAUUCACAAAGAAUGCAAAAAGUGGUUGUACUAUCGAUUACUUAUUUUAACAUUUGUUACGGCUGGAUCGUUUCUGAAAUAUUGGCUGCAAGUAUAUUACCCUCCAAUUGACGGAUUACUUGAUUGCUUCAAAAUCUACAGGAUUUUUUCGCUAAUAAUUGUGUACAAAUUUAUGAACGAAUUGGCUUACACUGUGGGGGUGAUUUACAUUAAGCCCCCCAAGCGAGCAAAGAGAGGUUCAUUAUAAAAUUAUUCAGCGGCUCUACCAAAUAUCAAGACCUAACAAACAAAAUUCAAAAUUACCCUUAUGAUAUGAAAU